UGUCAUUUGUAGAGAAUCACCUUUAGUAUUCCUCGAACGGUCUAACAUUCGUGUCAGUCUCGCGUUUCCGGAUCUCGGAUCAUUUUAAAAAACACUCGCCGCCGUUUGCUACCUCUCCAAUAUGCACAAAUGCGCAGCAUCAGCAAGCAUACCGCCAGUCCCGCCGCGGCGCAAAAAGCGCAAAGCAAAGUUUGCCGGUACUGUAAAAUCUCCUCAAGAAACGUCUUCGAGCAGUCUAAAGAAGGUGGAGAGAAAACGUCUGGCGCCGCCACCGCCGCCACCACCACCGCGAACAACCCGAAGAGUUAAAUCCCACGUCACCAAAUGUCACCGGGAUGUAGAUGAAGAAGAAACAAUUCCAGACAGUCGGCUGGUCGAAGAGUCGGAGGAAACUUUGCACAGCUUAAGUUCGGAGAAGCCUGUCAGGCCUCUGCCGCGACAGUUCGAAGACACCGACCUGAUACCGACUAAAGAGAUGAGCAACGGCGCAAACGAGAUAAACGAUGCUCGCAAUGCGAGCGCUGAACGCGCGUUUCCCUUAUUCGAGACAUUAUCGAGAAAGGAGCCAGACAAGUACCCGCCGCUGCUGUUCACUCUGCACGACUUCCAGAACGUGAUGUCCAACAGUAUGCCGCGCGAGGAGGACACCACGCCUGAGACGAUCGUCCAGCUGGUCAGCUCCAUCCGCGACAUUUUCCACGAGUCCUUCGAGCACUCGCUGGACGACGAAGAGGCCGACAUGUGUUUCCGCGUGACUACGACUAACCUACCGUUCGAGAAGUGCCUGGACAGGUGGGGCAAUACCUUCACGGACAACCUGUUCAACAAGUUCGACGACUCGAACCGCUUCGUUUUCGAGGACUACAUCGACAGGAGCAGCAGGCUGAACAUCCGUCGAUCUGCUGGUCCGAUGUUCUACGACAACUUCGACGAGGAUCCACCAAGCGUUCCUAGGUUGACCAAAGUGAGAUUCGUCAUCCAAUCCCCGAGUUCCUCAACCCCGGAUCAUGAUCUUAGCGAGGAUGGAGGAGAAGACAUAGAUCCAUCUGUAAAGCAGAAUACUACUCGCGGCACUGUCGCUUCUGCACAGCUGACGGAGAUCACGGACAACACAGAGCUCAAAGAGGAACACCUCGAAGGAUGCCGACAGAGCUCUGAUGACUCCGACGAGUUCGGUGACGUACCUUUCUGCACGAUUUUGAACAACCGCGACGAUGCUGACGAGGUUCCAUUCGAAUACACCUGUACUUCUAUGGACUUAGCUGAUCGAGAAUCGCCGGAUGAAAAUAACUAUGAGAGUGUUGUUCUAAAGGAUUCCUUUGGCGACUCGACUUUCGUGGAAUUGCAAAAUCAAUCCUUUGAAACUAGUUCCUUGGUUGAUACAUUGAAGUCUGUGAACAUGGAUAGAUUAGAGAUAAGUUUGACGAGGACAGAAACAGAUCCUCGACUGGAGAAUACUUCUACGUUGGAUAGAGUCGAAAAGGAUUUGUCGAAGAGGUCUAUCAACGAUAUCGAUCCGCUGUUUGAAGCUCCGAUUAAUUUUGUUCAAUACGUCAAAGAAAAGCACAAGACAGAACCGCGGAUUCUAUCAGAUCUAUCGGAAGAAUUUUACGAGGAUGCUAGCAGUAAAUUUGAAAUCGUUGAGACUACAAUUUUUGGAAACACUAAUGAAACUGUGGAUGAUGUUAUCAAACAGAAAAUAACGAUGGACACAGAAAAUACUGUGGAAAAAGAAUUAAUUAGUGAUCCUGUGGCCAGCGAGGAAAAAUUGACAAUAAACCAAACAAUAACUGAAAAUCGGACAACGGUAAAGAACAAUGAGGAGAGAUGCAAUUCGUUAAUGAACAGUACUCAAAUUAAUACAGAUGACCAAUUACCUGUUGAAAAACAAAAAUGCGACAACUGCGAGGCAGCAAUGACUGAGUCAUUCGAUAAAUCGAGUCGGCAGUACAAGCGGCAAAUUUUCGUCAACGAAUCGCUUCGGAGCUGUGUGGUUUGUCAUGACUCCUCGUCGAAUGAUUCUGAAUUGGCGAGUCAGAUCUUCAAAGAUGAAACUGAUAGUGUAGAAGCCGUUACUUUAUCUUUAGCUGCACUUGAUGACCACCUCGACGAAUAUGAUUUAGGAGAGAACAUAGAUGAUGUGAAGAAUACGAACAAAGGACCCCUUAGACGAGUAGGUAGCGUACCGGUUAGCAUCCGGAGGAACUCAUUUUUGGAGAACAUGCUCUGUGAAGAUGAGGCUGAAACUUGGGCCGGGUCGACGAGUUGCAAGAUAGUAGCUACUCAUCCGAAAUCAUCCUCGUUGGUGAUGAACGAAGAAUUGAUCCCUAUGAUCGAGGAAGAAAGCGAAGUUGCAUGCCAGCUACCCGAUUCGAUAAAGACGUGCGCGGAGAUCUGGAAAGUAACGAAGUCCAAGGAAAUCCCGAAGAAGAUUGACACUUCAGUUAGCAAUCCAAGAUCGCCUAAUGACUUUCAAUCGAGCAAAAAGCACGCAGGCGAGGUAAAAUGUGACGUGCUGAACGAGUUGCUAUCAAAUUUUAGCACACUUAAAUUGAGACCGGUAAACAAUGAAAAUCAAGGUAGCGAUGGUAUCCUACAAGUAAGCAGUGACAAGGAAACGUCUGCUUUGACAUCGGAGAUCUAUGAAGCAGAAAAGGUACACUAUACUCGUCAUAACAAAAAUCCAACAGGGUCUUCGCAAAGUUCCAGACAGAUGCGAACGUCAAUGGAAGGUAAGAAUUCGUCAGGUGAAUUCAGCUUCAGAAGCACAUCUACAACUGAACUCAGUGGAUUUCCAGCCGGCCUUGACAGGAAGAUCAACGGCCACACGGAGAUCGUCAAGGUGGAUGUACACAGAUCGGAACACGGUGACGACGAGGAUGACUUAAAAGUGUCAAGCAACGUACUUGAGACUUACGACGAGUCAAGGUUUCCGCGCAAAAACAUCGUAUCUAAUGAGAAGGGCGAUAUGAGCGCAGCAGAGAGCUCCAUGCUACCUCGACAGGUAGCCAGCUGCAGCGAAAAGACUGACGCAGAGAAUCAUAAUGAUGAGGAGCUCGAUGACCGUGGCCCGGUCGGCGAACAGUUAGAUUUAAGCAGGAGAACGGGUAGCGGCGCCAAAAGUGCCAUAGCUAGGAGGAUUCCUCAACCCCAUUGUAAUAAUAAUGACAAUAACAGGGCUGUUACAUCCGUAGCUGUAAGUGACGACCAAUCCCGCGACACUGUAACAAUAACCCCCGGUAGAGUUAGAAGCUUCGUUAAGUACUACGAGAUUCGGCGCGAUGCAACGACCGACAACGAUUCUAAAACUAACGAUAGAGAUAAAUUAGAUAGAGAUGAAAUGCCGGGACACCAGUCGGUGUUCAGCAUUCGUAGAGGACUGGAGGCGAAGGCGAUCAAGGGUAGGCCCUCCGAGUUCCGGAAGGACACCGUUCAGACAUCGGUCUCGGUCACAAGUGCGGUCGAAUCAGCCAGAACAAAGGGCAGCUGCGCCGCAAUUACGGACAUGCUCGAGGAGGAACAUUCGACCCGACUGAACGAUUCUGUCGAGGUAAUCGAGGAUUUGGGAACGAGGAAAGAUGAAGACACGUUGCUAACAUCUCCUAGCGAUUCAACCUCCAAGUUCGGUAAGGCUAAGAGGAAGAAGUCAGUGCAGUUUGAAGGUGGACACACUGUGAUCGGUGCGAAAUGUUCUCAAGAUGCCGGUCCCUUGGGAAGUCCCGCGAACCAAGUUCCAAAAUCGCCGAGAAAGAGCAAGGCUCUCGGUAGACCGACAAUGGUGGAAGACGCCUCGCGUGCAACUGAGGAUUCCAAAACUGCUGAGCAGAACGAUUGGGUGGACGCUGGCGCCUGGUCUUUCAACAAACGAGAAAUUGCUGCACAGAUACAAGCCGCAGCAGGACGCAAGGAAUUUUCAGGUGAGGAAGUCGUAACAGUUCCACCUACGAGCGGAGGUCAGGAUAGCUGGAAAACGCAGACACUUUCGUUGAGCAGCGAAUCGCCGGGUAAUCGGCGCAGAGGUUACCAUCAACAGUUGCAAGCAGUGCCCACCGGUAAACGGACCCGUCCAGCUCCACCGCCGCCGCCGAUAUCCUGCAAGGUCAAUGCGAAGGACAUCAACAAGUAUUUCGACUGGCCGAACAAGGAGAACCGGCCAGGAAAUGCCGUGAACACCAGGAACCAAGAGAACGGGACGAACGAGAGUCAAGUCGAGGACGAACAGACGACCAUGGGCUCGAAUUUGAGUCGUCAUAACGGGAAGGGCCUUACGGGCCGCAGGACCCAAUCCUCCGGCAAUCUGUGCGAACCCAAAGGGAAGCUCAACAGCAUGGGCAAGAUUCUGGUUCCCUGUUCCAGCGCGCAGAGAGAAAGAUAUAAAUUCUGUGGCUCAUUGCCCAACCAUCUGGACGACAAGGACGUGCUGGAUGACGAUUCGAAAGAGAACAAUAACAUAAUGACUGAUACUAUUGCCGGGAAUCUUGGUGGAACGUUGCCACACAAGAAACGGUCGUUGGGCGUUCACUUCUCAGAUGGAGGGCCAACUGGAGCGUUAGACCUUGUGAAACAUCGAUCGCAAGAUUCCAUAGAUGAAAAUGAUCCUUGGAGGUAUCAGCAGAGCGACCUUGAUCUGGUGAGAUGUCGCCACGAAAAUUUCGACUCCGUGAGAAGGAACCGAAGCACCGACACAGUAUCCAGCGAUUCCUCGAGGAGAUACAACCGUGGUUCGUCCCUGGAAGACAGAUGUCAUCGGAAUUCGGAUCUUGACCUGGUGGGCACGCUGCCUAAACGAAAGCAGGACACCAGAAACGGCAGGAAGGCUUCCGAUAUCAAUUCCUCGUCCUCACAGCCCAGCAUCCCCGACGCCACCGAGAACGAUUUGCUGAUGCAAAUUGUGCAUAAACCCGAUUGCGAACUAGUCAGGCAUCGGCAACAACUUAGCAAGUGCAUCGAUCUUAAAUUGAGCAAACUGGCCGGCGGGGAACCGCAGGAUCAAGGUUACGCCUCGGAACGCUCUCCGGAAGACGAACAUCCGCCUUCGUUGCCCGGACAACCGUUCCCGAAUAUCACACCUGAGAGCACGUUCCGGGUAACGUUGCAGAAAAGCAGUCGUGGACUUGGCUUAAGCGUUUCCGGUGGUGGAACCGCAGGGCCAGUACGAGUAAAAAGACUGUUUCCUCAACAACCUGCGGCCUUGUCCAAUAAACUUCAACCUGGUGAUAUUCUCCUUGCUGCUAAUGGUAUUCCCCUAACCGGUCUCACCAAUUAUGAGGCUCUCGAAGUUCUACGAACGACACCCAGUACUGUGGAGUUGGUGGUGUGCCGGCUUCCGGGUGAUACGAAUGUCACACCACCCGGGGCACCCCCGCCGCCCCCGGCAAGGCGUGAGCCGCCCCCGCCUCUGCGUAUUUUGAACCCCCUGCCGCCACUUCAAAUCGAACCCUGCGGUGAAUUCGACAUAGAGAUGACGAAAGUUGGCGGCAGCCUGGGUUUCACUUUGAGAAAAGCGGAUAGCAGCGCACUGGGUCAUUACGUGAGGGCAUUAGUGCGAGAGCCAGCAUUAAGCGACGGCCGCAUUCGACCAGGGGACAAAAUAGUCGCUGUUGACGGGGCACCAUUGUCCCCCAUGAGCCACGAAGAGGCUGUCCAAUUGCUGCGACAAUGUGGUCCCACCGUGAAGCUCCGAUUGUACAGGGAUCUGGCGCAAACUCCUGUCUCCGCGCUCUCGCCUACUGAGCCUGAUCACCCUCUCCGUCCACCACGAACAAGUUUGAGACAAGAGGCAGUCGACAUGCUCUGCGAUUUAGCGGUUCGGAAACUAUCUCCAGGUACCUCGAGCGGUUCAAGUUGCAAGCAAUCCCCUGGAGCGUCUUGCAAUUCUCCAAGAAGACUUCGCCGUCUUGCCACCCGCACACCUACCGAAAAUGAUCAAGGAGCUCCGGAGAAGCACUCGAGCGUGCACACGACGUCGACGGCCAGCCAGGCGGAGACAUCCGAUUCCGACCAGUGCUCGAUCAGGACGCAGAUAACGAACUCCCAGCCAAACACACCGGGAACCGACAUAAUCGAUCCACCGCCGCUCUACGACGUCUGCGAUUCCAGUGAUUCCUCGAAAACACCGGCGCGGCCGAGUUUUCUCGACCUAACGGCACCCCAAGGAAAGCCUCAUUUCCAGUUCUGCAGCUUGGACUCCGAUCUCGAGUAUCCCGGAGGUGACGGGAUCGCCGCUGCGGACGAUCAGGCCGUGACAACGCCCGCCGAUUACGAGAGGAGACAUGCGAACAUCCUCUGUAGCGACGACCAUGACAACAAUCUACCUUCUGAGCCGGCCUCCAUGCCACCCGUGCUAUCCUCAACGAGCAGCUCGAGCACAGCUGCAUUCAGCUAUAAAAACCCUGCUUAUCAAAGCGCCAAUCCAGCUUGCGGCGCCGGUAUCGACACCGCUGCCAAAAAUAAGGCUACACACUCCAGCGAUCAGGACAUACCAGGAAAAAUCUUGGGAGCGGAGGAUCCCGCCGGUAGCAAGGGUUUAUUGAAGUGGAAAGGUGUGAUGUUUGCCCCAGAUGAUGGAAUAGAUAAAACUGAGAAUGAAGAGAAGAUCGGAAAGGAUACCACGGAUUCAGCUAUCCCCAAUGAAGAACUUGAACAAGGAACUGAGGUGUUCAUGGUAGAGCUGACGCGUGGAUGGAAUAGUCGACUAGGGUUCAGCUUGCAACCGGAAGGAAAUCAUACAGUUAUAUCAGUCGUACAUCCCGACAGUGUUGCUGCUAAAGAUGGCAGACUCAAGCAAGGAGAUGUGCUUUUAAUGGUAAAUGAUGAAAGUGUGAAAGACAUGUCUACAGCGGAUAUAAUAGACCUGCUACGUAAAAUCAGGGGUUCCAUAGGUAUCACGGUCAUGAGACAAAGUAAACGAGAAAAUGUAACGUGACGCUAGUCAGAUAUACAUAUAAUAAAAGAACCCCCUAAAGAAAGAAAUAACUUUCACGUCCAUUAUGGUAGAAUGAGUCUUUUAUUGUAAAGCAUAACAUCGAUUUGCCAAUGGAAUAUUGCUCGAAUGGUAUAAUCCUUUGGUUCUCGUUUCGUUCGGUGGAAAACCGAUACAUCUAUGAACGAAAACAACUUCCUCCAUAAUUAUACGGUCAACGUGUUAACUGUGUGCAAUAUAAAGUUUCAUGUGACUAGAUUCUUAGGUAGAGUCCUUGAGAAAUGAAGCCUUAGACGCGCUGUGGUGAUUUAAUUAAUUGUAACGCGCAUCCUCUUAAGAAUCAUUGUUUAUGCGACUGCUAGCGUUAAGUUGUCCAUUAAGUCCGUGCGAUUCCUUACCAAUGUUAAACUUUAAUUUCUUUUAAAAAUGAAUUACAUUCAAUGCAUUAUAUACUUCUUAACACGUGAGAUUGAAAUUUUCAAAGCAAUUUUGAUACAAGCAACUAGGAGCUAUGUGUAUAACAAGCAAAUAUUGGUACACAAAACUAAUAAGGAAAGUCGUACUUUAUUGGACAGCUUAAUAUAAUCGAAUACAGCUUCCCCAAUUAGCGCAUUAUCGAAUGCGUUUUGAAAGCUGUAUCCAUUUCAACACUCCCAAGGUAUAUGAAACCUAAUUGCUACUACGUGUAAAAAUAUAUUAUUAAUAUAGUCAAAUUAAUGUUCAGCGUGGUUCAAUGAACGUCCUUCGAGUCAAAGUGCUCGCAGUUCGUUUGGAACUUUAAAAUUUAAAGUGACAAGACUGCUUUAAGAAUCCGAAAGUGGGAAAAAAAUGUAUGGUUGCUGUCUAGAUAUUUAAUGGAUGAAUGCAGGACAUGUACCGUAUUAAACACAUGUCUUUAUUUUUACGUGAUUCUUGUUGGGAAGUAUAGGCACUAUACUUGAGCAUUCACGUGUGCUCAAUAAUUGCAAAGUAGGAUAUUUUUAUAAACCUACACACCGAGUAGUAUCUCUAUUAGGAGAUUUAAAACCAUCGAAAGGAAUACUAUAUGAUUAUUGCAAAGACUUUAUAUAUACUCUAUGUCACAUGAAUGUGAAAAAGAAAACUACUCGAAGAAUAACAGCAACUUGUUCAGUUAAAAUCUUAUUAGUGAAUUUACACAAAUCGACUUAUGGUGUUAGACACGUGUUGAUAACGUUGAGUACCAAUGUAACGAAAUGAAAUUCGUAUAGGAACGCAUAAACGAAGUGUUUGUAUCAGCCAAUUAGAAGUUGUAAUUAAAAUACGAAAAUUUUGUCACACAAGUUACGAUUUGCCUCGUUAAUAAAAAUUUCAAUUACACAAUUAUAAAACAAAGUUUUGUGUGUGUGUGAAUCCUUCAUUCUAAAGAAAUAUACAAUUACAUUCUUCUCAACCAAGUGAACAUUGUUAGUAAAAAGUAGUAUUUGCUAAAGCUUUUGUUGAAUUCCAAAAAAAUGUUAAGAAGAAAUAAUCUAUUACAUUAAAAGUAAUAGCAGGAGAAUUAUGUAUUCAACAAAAGUACAGCAAUCUAUGUCUGCAAACAUUCUGAAUAUUCCUAGGCCAAUGUUUCUCAAAUUUGGAAAUUUAAAUAAUAAAAACAAUCAUUUCAUUCGCAACAAAAAAGAAAAAUCGAGUAUUACAUCCAAGCCUAUAAUCAAAGAGUUAAUCAAAAUGUCGCGGUGAAUACAUGAAGAAGAAUGUGUUUCUUUAUUUUUAUCUUUAUUAUGACACUGCAUCUCCGCGCCUAUUGUAAAUAAUUAUAAGACGAUUAUUAUGUUCUAACAUUACGUUCUCAAAGUUUUAAAACGACAAUGUUAGAGCUCGAACACGUCGAACAUAUCGUUAUGAAAUAUAACGCAACCAUACCUAUACGUGUUCAAUGCGUAUAAUACAAGCGAAUCAUAAUGUGUAUUAUAGUGUAACAGUGUAACUCAUCACUUUGCAAUGUACAACCGAAGAAUCACUUACAAACAUGUAAUCGUAAAGUUCCACGAUUCUUGGACUGCUGUAGCAUCUACCGUUUCUUAUCGGAACGAGAUUACUGUACGUGUGUUUAUUAGCAAUAGCAAUUUCUAAUUGUGCAAUGUUCGAAACCUUUGUAAUAAUACCUAUUACUAAGCCACUUGAAUUUUUAUGCUGCACUUAAAAUCAUCAACAUUCUGUCGCAGUAUCUAGAACGCUUUAUUUCGACGCACCAAUUAACACGUGAACGCAUUGCGUAAGUGUAAGCUCCCUUUUAAGCCAAACAAAUUUCUAAUUCAUAAAAAUUAUACAUGAUCUAGUAUUGAAUUAUAUAUUUUCGAAAUUUUAUGAAAAGUGUAAAAUUGAUCUGUGAAUUCUUAAAAAAUUAAGAUUACGCAAACUGUUUUACGUCUUUCGAAUUUGAUUUUCUUCGAAGAUAUUUUUCUCUGUUUUUUCAUCUUUUAGAGUUUUAUGGAGCACUCUAUGCGUAGGAAAAAAUUAGAAUCGCUUGCAGUAUGUUUACAAUUAGGAGCGUAGUAAACGAGUAA